AUGCGUCAACUGAUCGUUCACGUCAGAACGCACUUAAAGGCUUUAGAGACACUAAAGCUUCCGGUUGAUAAGUGGGACGAGCUUCUCAUACACCUGUUAAAGAAUAGGAUGGAUUACAAUACACAGAAGAGUUGGGAAGAAGAAACCAAAAAGGACAAGGAAAAUCGACCUACGUUGGAGAACUUUCUGACUUUUCUCAAUGAGCAAGUACGAACGCUUGAGAUAAUUGACAAGACCAAGGGAAAGUCGGAAGCAUCAAAGACGCCAGCAGGGAAAAAACAAGAAAAAAAAGUAGCUUUGGCAACUACCUCUCAAGAAGGUUGUGUCCUCUGCAGCAAGAAUCAUCAGUUGUACCGAUGCCCGGAUUUUCUGCAGCUAUCGAGUGCUGACAGAUUAAAGGAGGUGAAAGCGAAGAAACUGUGUAUGAACUGCUUAAGCAAAGGACACUUUUCCGCGGCUUGCAAAUCUUCAGCAUGCCGGAGGUGCCAGAAGAAGCACAAUACCCUGUUGCAUCCAGAGCAAGAAGAGAAGACUGCAACCGAUAAGAAGUCAGAAGAGGACGCGUCCAAGAAGGCAGUGGUAAUGCACGGCACUCAAGAAACCUUGCAAGAUACUGAAGAGUCAUCUUCUGUAAUCAACCUUAGAAGAAAACCCACGUCGUGCGUGGUGCUGUCAACGGCCCGAGUUAUAGUCCAUGACGUCAAUGGAGGCCAGCACAAAUGCCGUGCACUUCUAGAUGCAGGGUCGCAAUCCAAUUUGAUCACCCAGGAACUCGUCGACAGGCUCAGAUUGAAAUGUAAAAGGAGAGACGAAGUCAUCAGUGGGAUCAACCGAUCACAAACCAAUGUCGGUAAGACAGUAGGAGUAAAAAUCCGAUCGAUGAACGCGGAUUAUGAGGUAGCCAUAGAAUGUCUCGUGCUGCCUGCCAUUACUGAAAGACUUUCUCAAGUCAAAAUCAAUACUAAACUGAUUUGCUUGCCGGAGGGUUUGAGCCUAGCAGAUCCUGAUUUCCACACGCCAGGAACAGUGGAUAUUCUAAUAGGAGCAGGACUUUUCUGGCAAUUAAUCUGCAAGAAUUAUAUUCAAAGACCAAAGGGAAUACCCAGAUUACAACAUACGUUGCUAGGAUGGAUUGUAGGAGGGGAGCUUCUCGACGCCAGCUCGGAAACUCCAAGAAGCUUCUGCGGUCUCAUCACAAAUGCGCAACUCCAAGCGCAGUUAGAACGCUUUUGGAAGCAAGAGGAGACGCUCGAAAAACGGAGUCUCACCCAAGAAGAGAUUGAGUGUGAACGGCAGUUCCAUGAGUCGGUCAAGCGAGAUGAAACUGGUAGGUUCAUCGUAACACUUCCGAAGAAACCCGGAGUGAAACUCGGCGAUCCAGGGAAUCAAGCAUUGCAGCGAUUAUAUUCCCUAGAAAGAAAAUUCAGAGGAGAUCCAGCAUUGAAGAAUGCGUAUGUUCAAUUCAUGGAAGACUAUGAAACUCAAGGCCACAUGUCGUUAAUGGGACAAGGCCCAGAUACGAGCACAAAGGUAGAGCAAUCGUACAUACUUCCGCAUCAUCCGGUGAUUAAACCGGACAGCACCACAACUAAGUUACGUGUUGUAUUCAACGCCUCAGCGAAGACAUCGUUGGGAACAUCAUUAAACGACAAGUUAUUCGCUGGUCCAAACAAGCAGAAGAGCCUGUUCUGCAUAGUCUUACGCUUUCGAUCACACCCCUUUGUCAUAACGGCGGACAUAGCUGCAAUGUUCCGACAGAUACUCGUGUGCGAAGAAGACCGAGAUUUACAACUGAUUCUGUGGAGAUCAGAUCCAUCGCAACCAGUUCAGAUCUUUAGGAUGAACACGGUGACAUAUGGCACCGCAUGUGCACCUUAUUUAGCCCUCAGCUGUUUGGAGAGAUUAGCGAUAGAAGAACUGGAAAGGUUUCUAAAGGCAACCUUGACGGUCGAAGAGAUGAAGAUGUUUCUCGAAAUAAGGUUGAAGAUCGAAGAGCUGAAGAAGUUCCUAAAAGAAGCAUUGGACAAUGAGAAAUCGGAGUUUCUACAAGCAAUCCUGGUCUUGCUAGAAGAUUUCUACAUGGACGAUGUUUUGUCUGGCGCAAGUACCAUAGAAGGGGCCAUAGCCUUACGACAGCAGCUGUCGGAGUUAUUGCAACGGGGACAGUUUCAGCUGCGGAAGUGGCGUUCCAAUGAUCCACGUAUAUUGGAGGAACUACCCGAGUCCAACGACGAUAACAGCUUCCUCAAAAUAGACAAGGAGGGUGCCAUGAAAACGUUGGGACUUCUAUGGGAUGCCCAGUCAGAUGUUCUGCAAUACAGCGUGUCGAUAGAAGAGAAUUCAAGGGUUACCAAGCGUCUGGUGCUAUCUCAGAUAGCUCAAAUAUAUGACCCCCUUGGCUUGCUGGGACCCGUUGUCAUCAUUGCGAAAUGUAUUAUGCAGUCUCUAUGGCAAAUCAAAACUGGUUGGGAUGAAGUUCUCCCAACGGAGUUAGAAGCUACAUGGAAGGAGUACUAUAGAUCGCUGCCGCAAACCAACGAGUUGAAGAUUCCGAGAAACAUCAAUCCGGGAAAUGUGAGCAAUCAGUUCGAUCUCGUAGGCUUUGGAGAUGCCUCAGAAAAGGCAUAUGGAGCCGUGCUGUAUGCUGUUUCACAAAGGUCGGGAGGUACCUUACAAGCGCAUUUGAUUUGUUCGAAAAGCAGAGUCGCACUUUUGAAGACUAUAUCACUACCAAGACUGGAGCUUGAUGCGGCGCUGCUGUUGACUAAACUGACCGAACAGGCAAGAAAGGCUUAUGGUGACAGGAUUCGAAACGUGUCUUUAUUUAGCGAUUCGACGGUCGUUCUCAAUUGGAUAGCAGAGUCACCUAACAUUAGGAAGACGUAUGUGGCAAAUAGAAUCACCAAGAUUCAACUUCUUUCACAAGGUGUGACAUGGCGUCAUGUUCCGUCCAAGGAUAAUCCGGCAGAUCUUCUUUCCAGAGGCAUGUCAGUGGAAAUGUGGAGGACCAGUCAGUUAUGGUGGCAAGGGCCUGAGUGGCUCGUCACCGAUCGAUGGCCUGAACAACCAGAAAUCUUAGGCGAUACGUCCGAGAUGAAGAUCACUGCACUAAUCGCCACCAGAAACGAGGAGUACGACAUCCUACGAAGAUUUUCAGACUAUGGGAAGCUUCAACGCAUAGUCGCUUAUUGUCUGCGUUUUAAGGCAAAUUUACUUGGCGCAAAGAAGAGUGGCCCUUUAACGCCAGCCGAAAUAGAGCAAGCGGAAACUAUCAUAUUGAAGACUGUCCAGCGAGAAGUUUUCCUGAAGGAGGUGCGGGCUCUCGAACAGCAGCAAUCGAUUCCCAAGGGUAGUAAGUUGUCGUCCCUCAAUCCUAUCUUGGAUCAGAAGGGAGUCAUAAGGGUAGGUGGUCGGUUAUCACAGGCCGACAUUCCCGAAACUCAGAAGCAUCCAAUAUUGUUGCCAGCCAAGCACCACGUUACAACUAUCCUCAUGAGGAAGGAGCAUCUCAGGCUUCACCAUUGCGGCCCGGAGCAGUUGUUCUACUCAACACGUGUAAAGUAUUGGCCUUUAAGUGGACGACGAGAAGCAAACAAGAUUACGAAGAGUUGCAUAAAAUGCUUUCGAGCUAAACCAAGGACACCUGAGGUCUUCAUGGGAGAUCUUCCUGAGGAUCGAGUCCGUCAUAACCUGAGACCAUUCACCACAGCGGGCGUAGACUACGCCGGGCCAUUGCAGGUACGAGAGAGUCGCAGGCGGGGAAGGAUUCACAUCUCGAAGGCCUGGAUCGCCGUGUUUACCUGUUUUGCCACUAAAGCCGUACACAUAGAGCUAGUGACUGAAUUAACUACCGAGUCAUUUCUAGCUGCAUUAAGAAGGUUUGUGGCGAGAAGAGGAAUUUGCUCGAAGAUCGUGUCCGACAACGGCACUAAUUUUGUCGGAGCUGCGAGAGAGCUAGCAGAAGUAUACGAGUUUCUUCGGAAGGAGAAAGAAGCCAUAGCCACAUACUUGGCUCGUCAGAAAAUCGAAUGGAGGUUUAUUCCUCCUCGAUCUCCACAUUUUGGAGGUCUUUGGGAGGCCGCUGUCAAGGCUACCAAGCGUCACCUCCACACUGUCACGAAGGGUCUGGUUUGGACGUUUGAGGAAUACGCAACGCUGCUCGUGGAGAUAGAAGCAAUCCUGAAUUCAAGGCCUCUCACUCCCUUUUCCAGUGAUCCUAACGAUUUAUUGGCAUUAACCCCAUCUCAUUUCCUUACAGGGGAUUCAUUGUUGUUUCCACCAGAGUAUAGUUAUAUGAAAGUCCCGGAUAACAAGCUGUCACGAUGGCAGCAUGCUCAGAAAUUACGCCAGCAUUUCUGGAAGCGUUGGCAGGAGGAUACCUCCAAGAGCUGCAAAAGCGUCAUAAGUGGCGUAAUAAGGGCAAGGAUCUCGAGGUCGGUACUCUAG